UCUACUUCUUGAAGUCGGUGGACCCUUUUUUGUCUUUGAAACAAACCGGCGGCGUCUUUAUUCUCUCUUUUUUCUCUUUUAGGGAAACCCGAUUUCCAUGAUGUUGUUUUGACCUUAACUGUAUCUUUUAUUUACAGUUUUGCCCUCUACUCUCUUCAACAUGGUUUCACUUGUGAAGGGAAUAAACUCAUAAUACUGGUCCUGCUCUUAUAAUCUCGCUUUUACUCUCUUUCUCUCUCUGUCUUUUCAUUAACUCGUCGAGAAACUAAAAGAGUGUUUGUUUCAGUGGAAAAAAAGUACAUUGCCUUUUUCAUCAAGAAAAGUUGUUUGAUUGGGCACCAGAAGUCAAAAGUCAAUGAAUUCCAUGGACAGUGACUUGCAUGAAGAGCAAGAAGUGCCAGCUGCCUUUUUGACUGGCAUAGAAUUUAAUGUCUCGAAUGACACAGAUAAUGAGAAAAUGUCUGUAAUGGAAAUUGCUGCACCAAGUGAGGUGUCUGAUCCUAGGUUGGGGUUCCCAAACUUUUCUAAUCAUUGCAGAACUUGUGACGCCAGAGAUAUGAAACAUUGCGAAGGUCAUUUUGGGGUUAUUAAAUUUCCAUACACAAUACUCCAUCCGUAUUUUAUAUCAGAAGUUGUACAUAUAUUAAAUAAGAUUUGCCCAGGAUGUAAAUCAAUCCGGAAAGAUCUUUGGAUAAAGGGAGCUAAUUCGGCAUCCAGAUUACAUGAACGCAAGGGGUGUAAAUAUUGUGUGAGGAAUUCAAUAGAUUGGUAUCCACCAAUGAGAUUCAAGAUAUCCUCGAAAGAUCUUUUCAGAAAAAGUGCGAUUUUGGUAGAGGUAAGUGAAAAUUCUUUAAUGAAGGUCCGAAAAAGAGGAAGACAAGCAUUACCUGCAGAUUACUGGGAUUUUAUUCCAAAAGAUCAACAACAAGAAGAAGGUUUUAUGAAACCGGGUAGAAGGGUCCUAUCACAUGCCCAGGUUCAUCAUUUAUUGAAGGAAGUUGAUCCUGAGUUCAUUAAAAAGUUUGUUUUGAACAUGGACUCUAUUUUCCUCAAUUGUUUUCCCGUGACGCCCAAUAGUCAUCGAGUGACGGAAAUCAUGCAUUCAUCUUCUAAUGCGCAGCGAUUGAUCUUUGUAAGCGUCUUUAAUUUAAACAUCCUCUUUUACAUACUUUUAAGAUCUUGGCAAAUAUGGAUAGUUUAUAUGAUUAUAUGCAGUAUUUCCGUUUUCGUUUCAGUUUUACUGUUCUUUGUGGUUAAUGGUUUUUUGAAGGAUGAAAGAACCAGGGUUUACAAGAAAUUGGUUGAUUUCAGAGGGCUGGCUAAUGAAUUGAGUUCCCAUGUACUUGAAUGCCUAAAAAUUUCUAAGCUGCACCUGGAGAAGCCAUCAAAUGAAGAUCCUGCACUUAUCGUUGCCCAGAAAAGAAAUAAAGAUUCUGCUUCUAACAUGUCUGGUUUAAGAUAUAUGAAAGAUGUUAUUCUUGGGAAGCGAAACGACCAUUGCUUCCGCAUGGUUCUCACUGGAAAUCCAAAUCUUAAACUCUCUGAAAUUGGUAUACCAUAUCAUGUUGCAGAGAGGUUGGAAAUUGCUGAGCAACUGAACAGGUGGAAUGAGGAGAGAUUGAAAACUUGUUGUAAUCUGCGUAUUAUUGAGAAGGGUGAAAUUCGCAUUAGGAGAGAAGGUAGAUUAGUUAGAAUUCGUCAUAACGAACAGCUCCAAGUGGGGGACACUAUCUAUAGGCCCCUAAACAAUGGGGAUACUAUGCUUAUAAACAGACCUCCUUCUAUACAUCAGCACUCUCUCAUUGCUCUAUCUGUUAAAGUCCUGCCAGUCAGUUCAGUUGUUUCAAUAAACCCACUUAUUUGUUCCCCUUUUCGCGGAGAUUUUGAUGGUGAUUGCCUUCAUGGCUAUGUUCCUCAGUCCAUCAGCACCAGAGUUGAGCUUAGUGAGCUUGUUUCUUUGAAUAGGCAGCUAAUUAACGGCCAAAGUGGUCGAAAUCUGCUUUCACUCAGUCAUGAUAGUUUAACUGCUGCUUAUCUGGUCAAGGAGGAUGGGGUUCUCUUGAAUCUAUUUGAAAUGCAACAGUUGGAAAUGUUCUGUCCCAAUCAUUCACCAUUGCCAGCAAUUGUCAAAGCCCCUUUAAUGAGUAAACCUCUUUGGACUGGAAAGCAGUUGCUCAGCAUGCUCUUCCCUCGAGAAUUUGAUUAUGUUUUCGCACCAAGUGAUGUUGUUAUCCGUAAGGGGGAGUUCAUAGCUUCAUCUGAAGGGGCUACUUGGCUACGAGAUGCUGACGGCAACAUUUUUCAGAGUCUCAUUAAACAUUAUCAAGGAAAGGUCCUUGACUUUUUGUAUGCUGCUCAGGAAGUUCUUUGUGAGUGGUUGUCAAUGAGGGGUUUGAGUGUUUCACUUUUGGACCUAUACCUAUCUUCUGACUCAAAUUCACGAAAGAACAUGAUGGACGAAAUCUUCUAUGCUCUGCAAGAAACAGAACAAACAUGUAACUUUAAACAGUUAAUGGUUGAUUCUUAUCAUGAUUUCCUUGUUGGACAUGAAGAAAUUGAUAGUUUUAUGGCUUUGGAUGUUGAGCGGAUGUGCUAUGAGAAGCAAAGAUCGGCUGCACUGAGCCAAGCUUCUGUUGAUUCUUUUAAGCAAGUUUUUCGGGAUAUUCAGAAUUUAUUCUACAAAUAUGCAAACAAAGACAAUUCAUUAUUGACCAUGUUCAAAGCAGGGAGCAAGGGCAACUUGCUGAAGGUAGUACAACAUAGCAUGUGUCUUGGAUUGCAACAUUCACUUGUACCUUUAUCAUUCAGAUUUCCUCAUCAGCUCUCAUGUGCUGCAUGGAAUAAUCAAAAGUCUCAUGGCUUAACUCUGAAGGCUGAUGAUACUUUUGAGUCUGCUAAGAAUUAUAUCCCCUAUGCUGUGGUUGAAAGUUCUUUUGUAAAAGGUCUGAAUCCAUUAGAAUGUUUUGUUCAUUCAGUGACUAGUCGAGACAGUUCUUUCAGUGACAAUGCUGACCUUCCUGGGACACUGUCACGAAGGCUUAUGUUCUUCAUGCGAGAUCUAUGCACAGCUUAUGAUGGAACUGUGAGGAAUGCAUAUGGAGAUCAGGUUGUUCAGUUCUACUAUAAUAUAGAUAAGGGUACAUCUAGUCAAGGCUGUAGUCUUCUUGAUGGAAUAGGUGGCCAACCUGUUGGUUCUUUAUCUGCCUGUGCCAUUUCUGAGGCUGCAUAUAGUGCUUUGGAUCAACCAAUAAGUCUACUUGAAACUUCACCCUUGCUAAACCUAAAGAGGGUCCUCGAGUGUGGUUCUAAAAAAAGCAAUGCUGACCAGACAAUGUCACUAUUUUUAUCUGAUAAACUUGGAAGGAGGAGGCAUGGUUUGGAGUAUGGAGCCUUAGAAGUCAAGAAUCAUUUGGAGAGAUUGAUCUUUUCAGAUAUUGUGUCUACUGUCUCAAUAAUCUUCUCCACACAGAUUUCUAGUGAAAACCAUUUCAGUCCUUGGGUUUGCCAUUUUCAUGUGUGCAAGGAUAUUGUGAAAAGGAGGCGGCUUACAAUGCAUUCUAUUAUUGAUUCUCUUUACAUGCACUGCACCAAUGCCAAAGCGUUAUGGAAAAUCGAUUUGCCUGACUUGCAAAUUACAAGCAAGGCUUGUUCUAUUAUCGACAUGCCAAAUGAAGAUGAUACGUUUUGUAUCACCGUCAAAAUUGUUGAAUGCUCCAAAAGUUCUCGUACAGAAUUGGCUGUGAUUCGAGACAUGGUGAUACCUUCCCUUUUGGAAACAGUGGUAAAAGGAUUCCCGGAGAUUGAGAAGGUGGAUAUUUUAUGGAAUGAUAAACCUAAAGUCUCAAAAUCUCAUAAAACUUCUCCUGGUGAACUUUACUUGAGAGUAUUUGUAUCAGGCGAUUUUGGUAUAACAAAACUGUGGGGUGUGCUUGUGAAUGAUUGCCUCCAAAUAAUGGAUAUGAUUGAUUGGACACGCAGUCAUCCAGAUAACAUUAAUCAGUUUUGCUUGGCAUAUGGAAUAGAUGCUGGAUGGAGAUUUUUUCUCAAUAAUUUGAAGAGUGCAAUUUCGGAUACUGGCAAGACUAUACUGAAUGAACAUUUGCUUCUUGUUGCCAAUUGUCUGUCAGCUACUGGGGAGUUUGUUGGCUUAAAUUCAAAAGGCUUGAAACGACAAAGAGAACAUGCAUUUGUCUCAUCUCCUUUCAUGCAAGCCUGCUUUUCAAAUCCUAGUGCUUCUUUUGUCAAUGCCGCUAAGGCAGGAGUUUUGGAUGGUCUUAAGGGGACCAUUGAUGCAUUAUCAUGGGGAAUGAUUCCUCGUAUUGGGACUGGCGGACAUUUUGAGAUAGUAUAUUCUAUGAAGGAUCAAGGGCUUGCAGAACCUGUCGACGUGUAUAAACUGCUAGGAACAUUUGGCAGUUCUAAGAAGCAGGAUGUAGAAUUUGAAAUACCUAAAACCCUUAACUUUAAGUCGGAUAAAUAUGGUUCUCAGCUUAUGGAUCCACUUGGUGUUUCUGCCUCUGAAAAGUUGGAGAAAAUUGAAACAAAAACAAGAUCAAUAUUGAGAGAACUUCUGACAUUGAAUGACAUUCAGAGGCUUUCGCGUGAUUUAAGGAAUAUAUUGCACAAGUAUCCUAUUGAUCAUCGGUUAAGUGGAGCUGAUUUGGAUAAAUUGACGAUGGCAUUGUACUUUCAUCCUCGAAGAAAUGAGAAAAUUGGAUCUGGAUUUAAGGAAAUAAAGGUAGGAUAUCACCCCGAACACACAAAUGCUCGCUGCUUCUCGUUGGUAAGAACAGACGGCACAAUUGUAGAUUUUUCAUAUCGAAAGUGUGUUCUUGGGGCACUUGAGAUCAUUGCCCCUGGUAGGGCAAAAUCCUACCAGUCAAAAUGCUUACAGUCUGGUUGUCUGUAAUCAACUUCACAAUCACUUGUGCAUGUGCAUAUAGCAAGAUCCUGGACAGCUUGAUCUGCAGACUCAAGUCUAUAUUACCCUAAGCCAGUUGUUUUUUUGAAGGAUUAAAUGUGGAUCCUAGCCUCUAGGCAAUUCCAGGCAACUUCCCUUAACAACAAUAGCAUGGAGCUUCCAAACCUUCCUAAAGCUGUACAUUUCUACAGAGAAUAUUGUGCAAAAGAUGAGGGGUAGAUGGACACUAAUUUAUAUCCUACUGUUUUUAACUUUAUUUUUGUUGUUUUAGUGUAUUUUUCAACACUCUUAGAAUAGGGUCGCUACUUUUCUCAGCUUCUUUUUGCUCCUUCUACUGGAACUUAUUUGCCUUUCUUUACAUUAGACAGAAAAGAUCUAGUGGAAGCAGCAACGAAAAGCUCGAAAAGUGCGACCCCAUUUGAUUUUGUAUUCCAUAAAUACAUGACAUGGUAUGAGUAAAUCUCUUUAUUUUUUUCAGCCUAGAUGCUGAUUGUUAUAGCUUUUUAUUCCUUUCUGACU